AUCGACGUAUUCGUCAUGUGACAGUCUUGUGGCACAAGCCGGAAGAGAGGAUUUCAUUGUGGCAGUACACUUGCUGAAUGUUUCUUUUCUCGAAAAUACGGGUCCAUUUUUAGCGUUGUUUCGACUUGUGUGUGGAGCAUCAUGGACGUGUCGAGCAGAGCGUCGUUAGACGCCGCCGCCGAGCCUCCCGUGCACUACAGAGGGAAUGAAGGCUCGCUGGUGUCAGCUCUCAAGACGCUGCUGUUCUUCACGGUGCUGAUGGUGACGCUUCCCAUCACCCUGUACUUCGCUUCGAAGGCCUACAUCUUCGAAGGGUCCAUGAACAUGUCCAGCUCAGACAGCUACUUCUACGCCGCCAUCGUUGCUGUGCUGGCGGUGCAUGUGGUUCUGGCCCUGUUUGUUUAUGUGGCCUGGAAUGAAGGCGCACCUAAAGGCAAGGGCAAACACGACUAGGCCACGUCACCGGAGAUGGAGGAACCCAGGCAAGGACCCAAACCUCCCUCCUUCCCCACCCACCCGGUCGCCUCCAGCACUGAGCGAGGUUCUAGACAUGAAAGAGUCAUUCUACUGUCUGUUCCCUGGCAGUGAUGGGCAGAUGCUGCUGUGUGCCUCAGCAGCCCCAGCAGACUGACCUUUUGACCGGUCAAAAAACAAGAAAAAAAACUAGUCUUUCAGACUGAGAACUGCCAGUUUAAGAGGCUCUGUCGUCCUCUUCUGCUUAACAGCUACCCAGAAGCGCUCACAGUCCGGGUUUAAGCGUCUCUCGCGGCUCCAUAGUGGCUGCUCUUUUUCAUGUAACAUCGUGACACCAACAGUUCCUCCAAGAAAAGCGUCUGUCUUCUGCUAUCAUGUCUUGAUGUUUGUUGAGUGUGUGUGUUGCAGGCUUCUUUGUAAAUAAAAUCGGAGUCAAACCCU